GGGCUCCCCCGCGCGGCGCCUGACUGGGAAAGGCGGGCGGCUGUGGCGGGGUCGCGCUUUCCCCCGUUUCCUGGCGUGUUCCCGGCGUGGGCUAAUCCACCGGAUCCGUCGUCUCACCUUGCGAGCGCUGCAGUGGUUCAAUAUCUCUGAAGAUGCAGGAAAUCCAUCAACUACCCAGGUGUCAAACGCACGCAACUGGGCAAUCCAGCACUCCCCAGUCUGCCAGGCAUCACUUUCAGGACCCAGAUGGUGGCAGUCUGGAUCAAGCUGGGUAUGCCUUGCAUCAAGGAAGAAGGUUAGAAGAAUUCCAAAUCAGAUUUCUAGAACGGAAAUUCUUCUAUUUGUGGGCAAAAAAGACAUUUGGACAAGUUCUGCCUUCCAAAGCCAGAUGCUUUUAUGACCAGAAGACUAUCCAAAAAACUUUUGGAGAGUGGAAGGAGUGGUGGAGUGUUUGCAGAGAAAGGAAGCUCACACUCAGAGCAGCCAGCCAUCACAGGCGUUUAGUCCAUAGUUUGAUAUUCAAGGCUUGGAGAGCCUAUGUGUGCCAGCAGCAGGGAAAGAGGAACAAAUAUUAUGUUGCAGAGGCUCAUGCGAAGAAGCAAACGUUGCUCAGGACCUGGCAGUGCUGGCUGGCUUAUGUUGACGUUCAAAGGACAAAGCGGGGGAUGCAGUGUGUGGCACUGGCAGCCAGAGAAAGAAGCUGUUUGCGUGUAUCGUGGGCAGUGUGGAGAAAGCGGCACUACCAGAACUGCACUGGACGUAAAAUGAAUGUUUUGGCUCUACAGCACUGGGCCCAGAGCCUGCAAUUUCGAGCUUGGCUGCAGUGGCGAGAGCUGUAUUUACACAGUCAGAACGACAAGCAGAAGGAGACUAGAGCAGUAACUCACCAUCGGCACCGGCUGCUGAAGAGGUGCCUGGAUGCGUGGCUGGGACACUUAAACCUCCACAGAGCAAAGAAACAUUGGGAUGAGCUGGCCCGGGAGCAUCACCAAAGCAGGAUAGUCUGGCAGUGUUUCUCCGAGUGGCGUCUGUCAUGGGAGUGCAGGAGAAAACUGCACGCUCACCGAAAGGACGUUGAAAAACGAGCAGCAAGGGUUGCCUUACAGAGAGCCUUUGCACACUGGAAGCACUAUGUGGUACUGUGUGUGGAAGAGACUCGCCAGGGCGAGCUGGCUGAAAAGCACUACAAGCGUCAUCUGUUGAAACUUGGGUUGAAGGGUCUUUGGCAAAAUGUCAUGAAUGCUCAUCUUCAGCAAAUGAGAAAGAAUCUGUCAUACCGUCAGCAUCAAGUUACAGUGCUGCAGAAGUUCUGGAACCGUUGGAAGUCACGUUUGGAAGAGAAGGAGGAAGAGCAGCAGCAGGCCUUAACAUCAGUGGCUCAUGCCCGUUACAGGAGGGUGUUGAUGAAACAGGUAUUUGACACGUGGCUGCUGAAGGCCUGCAAGCAGCAGGAAUACCGAAUGGGAGAGAAGAGGGCUGUACUUCAUUUUGAAAGGCAACUAUUGCGUUGUUCCUGGUGCUUGUGGCGUAGAAAAACAGCUGUGCAUUUGGAGGAGCAAGAGAGCUUGGUUCGUGCAAGAGAUCACUACAGGAACCUGCUGCUGCUAAAGGCUUUUUGUCUGUGGAAGAAAAAUACUCAGGAGAGAGAAACAGAGAGGCUCAAGGAGAUGCAAGCUUCAAGAUUUCACUAUUCAAAGUGUCUGCAGCAGUCUUGGAACAAGUGGAGGGAGUAUGUGAAUCAUCAACGUGAGAAAUGGAGGAAGUUGGUGCAAGCAGAUGUGCACUACCAGCAGACAUUACUGGGCAAGACCUUGGCAGCUUGGAAGAGUUACCAACAUAACGUACAGUGCAUUCUAUACCAAGUAGCUGAGAAGGAGCAACGGCACACUAGGCUGCUGCUGCGACAGGUUCUGUGUAUGUGGAGAGAAAAUGCCCUUGCUCUUAGGUGUGAAGCCAAGGCAACUACUUGUGCAGAGGAGCACUACAGGAGAGCAAUCUUGGCAAAGGUGUUGCUGCAGUGGAGAUGCGCUGCCUCGCUACAGGGGUGUUACCGUCAGCAGAAGAUGACAGCUGUGAUGGAGGCCAGGAAACACCUGGAGACAGUGCAUUUACAGACCCUGUUUCUUCGCUGGAAGAAAUUAACUUGGGAGUGUCAGGUGCUGAGGGCUCAGCAGCACAGGGCAGUGCAGCACCACCAGCAACACCUGCUCCAGAAGUACCUGGUGAAAUGGAAGAAGUAUCAUCAGCGGUGCCUUGGGAAAAUGCUACUGCGGAGAAAAGGAGAGCAGCUAAUGACUCACAGACUUUGCUCUGCUUCCUUCUCUUGCUGGAAGGCACGGCUCCUGCAGCAGCGAUGGGAACAGCGGAAGACAGUGCAAGUGUUGUGGCACUGGUCCCUGUCGUUGCAGAGGAAGGUAUUUGAUGCUUGGUUUAGAUUCGCCAAGGGACAACAGCAGAAGAAAGAUCACACUGAAAAAGCCGUGGGAGUUGACCACACUGCUUCUCUGAAAGAAGGUGUAACCCCGGUCUGGAAAGCUGCCAGUGACACGAAACAGAAGCAAGUGACAUGUAAAAUGCCUGAUGUUAGGCCUGAGACAAGAGGACAUUCAGCAGAUGAAGAGCCAUGGCUUUCAAAAUACAGUUAUCUGCCAUUUCACCUUGCUGAUGGGGACUCAGUUCUCAGUGAUCUAAAUGCUAUUCGACGAGCAAGGUUACCACCACGGAGGCCUGACUUCCUUCUGGAAUCUCUGGAAAGCAAGGAACUGCUGAUACCUCCUUUUACUAGAUCAGAGGUGCCCUUUCAGCAAACAUCUGUGAACAAAUGUUCUGCGCACACAGGGAACUUAGUGCCAGUGCCUCAAAGGGAAGAAAGCACCUGUAAAUGUCUGCCUCAAACAGGAAAUGCCACCCAUCCCUAUCCAUCUCUCAUACGUGCUGCUCUCCCGUCUGUACCACCACGCAAUGUGCACCGUGCUGUUCAGAGGCCAGAGCUACGGUCUCCUUUAUCCUUCAUGUCCCAAAUGGAAGUUGGAGUGGAAAUGAGAGGAGCUCAGCGUGUGAGCAGUCACAAAGGAGCCCAUUCCCAAGACCCUCAACAGGACUCUGUGGAGAAGUUGCAACCAAACUUGCAGCCACAUUUUCCAUCACCUGAAGACUCGUUGAGAAAAUGGAGUCACCAAACUGCAGCUGAAGGGGAAGAAAGGGAGCACAGUUCCAGAGAAGAAAUGAUAUUAGAGAGAAGGCUGGAAGUUGAACUCCGACACAUCCAACAGCAGAUGCACUACUACUUCAGCAGGAAGCAAGAACUCAAGUCCUGUGAGCAGCAGGCACAGAUUCUACAGAAGUGGCUAGAAACGAGCACACAAGCAGAGGAUGAAGACAGUGUGCAAGGAGUUCAGGAAGAAUUGGAUCAGUUGCAGGUGAGGAUCAACACUCUCACCAAAGCACAGCCAAAAGAUAGACAACAUGUGCAGAACCUGCUUGCCCGUCUGCGUGAUAUCCAGAUUGCUCUGGAUAUAUAAUGCAUCUGAACCAGUUUUCCAGCUCACAGAAAGCUGCCAACUACUACGUUCCUCACCUGGUCAAAGUAGAUGCGGAUAGAGCCCACAUUUGUUGCUCCAACAGCUGUUAAAGAGAAAAACCCGUGUUUCCAGUCCCCUGUAAGGACAACCCGUUCAUUGUGGCAGAACAGUUCCUUGAUCCAACGAGCAACUCCGGGAUUCACAGACAUCAGAGAGCCUGCAAUUGUCAGAAAAUAUUCAAGCUAAGUUGUCUGUUUUGUAGCAGUACUGUGAUGCCAUCUGAAUGGUUGCCAUCUGAUAGACCCUAAAGAGAGAUCAGGCUAACGACAAAGGCAGAGCCAGUCCCUAAGCUCAGCCCUGAUGGACAGAAUUGAAAGAAACCUAUUAAGCACAUAAGAUCUGUCUCACAAAAGGCUACAGGCUACUAAAAGGAAGGUAAAUAAACUUCUUACAGCUUAGGAACAGGUUUCACUGGUUAACUAUCAAGCGCAUGAGAGCAGCCCUUUCCAGUUCUCUUUGGUAAAUGCACAGAAGUGGUUAUUGAGGCUGUGGCUGAAAACCAAGUAGGUAGCUAUUGCUUUUCUCCCAUUAUGUAGCAUGAGACUGCACAAGUGGCAUGUCGCACUCAGCAGUGGUUCAUAUCGGUGCUUCCCUCCAUAGCUGCUCUGCGUUUGUGUUCUAGGAACAGAAACAUACCUGGGAAGUGGCGGCGGUGUGACACCCUCCAGUCGGUGGGGGAGUGGAAGCAGUGAUAAUCCCCUGGUGCAAGGUAGAUCACACAGUGAUAGAGCUCAUUCCCCUCCUUGGUCACUAGUUGUUGCUGAAAAGAGUUACGAGGUGGGGCUGCAAAAAAAAAACCCAAAAAAAAAGCAAAGAAAGGAGUUAGAGCUGUUGUUCAUGCAGUCAUCUACCAUAGCUGAGCAGUCUGCAUUAGAACCAGCACUAAUAGCAGAGGGCUAAAUGCAGUCCUUGUGUAUUGUUUGGACUACAAGAAGAUAGAUGUCGUCCAGGAAUCCAAUAUUUCAAAGUGUUAUUUUCCCUUUACAACAAAAUCCUUAAGUUUUGGAGUUUCCCCUUCCCUAAACAGAACAGCAGAAAUUGAUAUCCAGUGAAAUGGAAUUAUUCUUAAAGCUACCUUUUCAAGAACAGGAUUUUUCUCAAAGCAACUCUUUUAAGAACAGAAUUUGUGAAGAGUCCCUAGCUUUAUCAAAUGACAAUAGGGUUAUUUUCAACAUGAGCACAAAUGCAUCUGUUUGCAGAACUCGGUCUCUCCAGUCCCCUCGCCAGUUUAGCAAGAUGUGCUGGCUCCAUUUAAACUCAUGGCCUUGGAGAGGGGCUGGAGGUGCAGCAGAGCCGUGUAACACAUCACUACAAGUACAGUGCUUGCGCAUCGAUCUUGUUAGGAAGCAGCUUAUAUAAUUUUUGCUAACCAGGUGCUUGGGUGCAGCUCAGUCUGACAGCAGGAGUGCUACAGCCUCGCUACACUGGCAGAUCUCACAGUCAAUUCUAAUUGUCAAUAUAUAAAAAGGAACUAAGAAAUUAAAUUCAGAUAAUCAGAAUGAGCCAGACAAGACAGUAUAAAGCCACUGGUGAGAAAGAAGAACUAGAAUAGUGACAUGUUUAUUCCCAAAUAAAACAAAAAACAGAUCUUUUCUUCCUGACAAUGUAGUAAUAGAGGGAAAAAAAAAAAAUAAAAAUGUAAUCUUCUUUUCUUGUGAUCUCUGAGAACACUGAGCGAGCAGAAUAAAUGCAGAACUGAUGCAGAACUCACCCUGGCUAAAGCGCAGCUCCUCUCUGCUGAUUCGCGGUCCCAAGAAAGAUUCCAGAGAAUACGUGACCCCUUUUACUUGCUCUACUUCACAGUUUUUCACCUGUCCAAAAUUAAGGAUCUUUCCAUCAGAAGGACUAAUCUACAGUGAAGAGAAAAAGAAUGGCACUCCUUAGGAAUUGAUGCAUUCCUCAUCCUCCCAUCACCACAGAAAGCCGACACGUUCCCCUGCGGGGUGAGGGGAAGCUGGUCGUGUAGCGUCAAAUCUUCAUUUCCUUCUACUCACCACACUGUGCACGCAGCAGACCGGCCGCGCUUGCGGUUUCAGCUUCCUGCGGAAGAACUCGCUGAGGUUCCUGUAGUGGUGCAGAUCUUCAACAGCCGCCUCCUUCAUGUUCACGCCGAACGUCCAGAUGUACAGGCUGUAAACGGGCUUCCGCAGCCACGUGGGCAGCUCCACCUGGUUCAGGCGACCCCAGGCUCGCGAGAGCAGGCGAGUCGGUACCGAUUUGUACAGAGCAACCUAAAGGCAGAAAAAUGGCAGCACGCCGUUCAGUUCUGCCCGCUGAUGGCUUUUAUCUUGCUUCUCCCCAUAACAGAGAAAGGAUGAAACUCUUCCUGCCACCUGCUCCCUUGAAUUCAGGGGGUUACACCACACAGAGUAGCCUUUAAGUCAGGAAAACAUCAACACUGCACUUCAUCCUCCCUCCAUUCUGAUGAGAGCAAAUGAGGGACAGGAUGGAACUUAAUACAAUCUUACACUGAAGUGAGAGUCUCUGCUCGCCUGCAGGCUGAAGCUCCACAUUCAAGUUACUGGAAACUACCCCAGUGUGAGGCUUACAGAAUAAACAAGACAUUUCACAUAUACUACUAGAACACUCACCAGAAAUGUUUAACAUUAUCAAUAUAUUCAUUUUUGUGAAUAACCAAAUGAAAAUUGACUGAAAAAAUAAUUUCUUGGUGUUUGAUGACCUGCUUCUCAGAUGCAUCUACUAAUGAGGGUGCUUUCCACAUCCCAGUAGUACCCUGCUCUAAUCAUACUAGUACAAUUAAAGAAACAUACCACUGUGGAUAAAGCUACAGCAGUAUAAAUUUACACCAGCCUUACUCCUCCUCUAGUAACAAUACAAGUUGCUAAUCGCAAAAGUAUAAAGUGCCUUUAUUCCUGUAGAAAUAUACCUUUGGACUGACACCAAAGCCUAAGCUUUCAGAGCAACAAAACCAAAUGAAGCCAUAUUGGUAAGACAUACAUGCUGUUGAUAUAAAUGGACAGAUGACUGUGUCUUCCUGUCAGUAAUUCAGCAGGGGACUCUUCUGGGGUUUGUGGUAAGUAGCAGCAGCCAAAAAGGUGGUGUGACCAUGAUGUCAUCGGGGUGUGGGUGUGUGUGGGCCAAGGGAACUGAACCUUCUGAAACCAGUUUUGCAAAAUAAUCCAUGACCUGCUCAGCUACAUUUAACAUUUAAAGUUAUGGAGUCAUUUAUUCUCAAUAUUAAUUAUAUCCUUCACAAUUAAGUCUUGCUAAAUACAGCCAUAAACACAAACAGAAGAACGCACUGGCUGAGAGCCCACCCAACAUAUCAAACACAGCAGAUUAAGCUUUCACUCACAAAUCACUGUCCUGCAUCACAUUAAAAUACAGUGAUAUUUCAGGAAGAAAACACCAAUGUAAUCUUCAGAUAAAAACUUCUAAAACAACAGUACUUAGGUUACGUAAGCUGAAGUACUGAAGCAAAAAUGUUUUGCUAUUUGACAUGCCUUAUACAGCAUUCAUUUCUAAAAUCAGUUUUGCUCAGUUUUCCAGAAACAAGGAGAAUAUGCUGAUAUAACUGUGAAAUCACAAAAAAUGUCAAAAGCGAUAUUUCCUAGUAUCCACCCCUCUUCAAAAGAGCCUGGUUUUCAGGUUGAUGGGGUCAAACAGAACAGUUCAAUGAAACAGUCUUAAGAAUGGCAAUUUUCUUGUGUUUUCAUUUUAAAUAUCUGUGUGGUUGUUACAUUCUGCAAUAGCAUAAUGUGUGAGGAGAACAAUCAUGUACAAGGCAUCCUGCACCCCGUGCUCUGCAACAGAGCAGAGAUUUGCAUAUUGUGUGGACAGGCUGGAUUACAAACACUCAACGAACUUUCAGAACAAACCCUCUCUGUGCAAAAAUGGCAAAAAGCAACAGACCAUUCCAAUGUGGCCAGGAACGGGAACUUGCAAAGAGGUUUGGCCUGCCUUAUCCCAGCCCUGAUACUUUGCAGUGACUGAAUUAAUUCAAACGCUUCUGUUGAUUCUGCUGGGUAGACCCCUGACUCUUAGAGGACAAAGACUUGCUCUGCUACUGAAAAAAAAAGCACUUUUCUGUGAAACGAUUGGUCAACACAACUAUGAACAGCAAAACCUAAAGGGAAACGUGAACUGCAUCUCUGCUUUCACACCAGUGAUGAUCACCCUGUUCCGUACUAAGGAUUUUCCACCCAGUUGCUGGUAUAAAACAGCCAACGCACGCGAAGCGCAAGAGACACCUGCUGACACUUACCCUGCUCAUAGGCCUCCAUCCCACUCUGGUCAAGGGUUUAAGAGCACCGAAAGGCAGAAGAUAAUAGAGAAUAGUCAGAGGCCAAGAACGGAGUUUCAGAGCAGGCCUAGACAUACAGCUCAGCUGGCCCAACCUUCGCCUCAGGGCCAGCUGGGGAAAUUGCAACCUGCAAGAUCACAUACACAACAUCAGGGUCAGCCAUCGCAGCGUCAGAACCACCAGCAUCCUGACUUAAAUCCUGGCUGGGGAGCGUCCUCCCCACGCUGCUGAAAGCAGGAUGCAACUGGGAUACAGCUACGUGCGCACACAAACUGCGAGUGGUACGCUCUGGCUGCUCUGCACAGCUCGCUCUCUUGUUGGAUUACACCAUACGAGGGAUGAACUAUUAAAUAGUGUCUAUGUUCCAAGAUGGAAAAAAGCUGAGAAAUUAAAAGGAAAUUUUCUUGCCAA